GACCCUUGGUUGAGGCUCAAUCGGGCUCCAGCAGCGGGAGGGGAGGAGGAGCCGAGGCCCCGUGACUGCCCGGGCCCAGCUGCGGAGGAAGCGCCGCGCGGAUCAGUCUCCUCCUGCCAGUCCCCAGGCUCCGCAGCGCGCCCUGCAGCGGGCCGGAACAUGUCCAAGAAGGGAGGGAAACAAACUGAAACAGGAAGGGAAGUACAUGUACCAUGUAAACGAGCAAAGGUGGAAGCAUCUUGCCCUUCUUCACCUAUGAACUAUGACAGCCCAGACAGUGUCUUUGAAAGUUUGAUCUUUCCCAUCGAACAAGAGAAAUUCUUCAAGGAGUAUUGGGAACAAAAGCCACUGCUUAUUCAGAGAGAUGACCCUUCAGUGGCUGCGUACUACCAGUCUCUCUUCCAGUUAAUGGAUUUGAAGGAGCUGUCCAGCCAGGGUUUAUACUAUGGAAGAGAUGUUAAUAUCUGCAGAUGCAUGAAUGGAAAAAAGAAGGUUUUAAAUAAAGAUGGCAAAGUGAACUAUAUGCAGCUGAAGAGAGACUUUGAUCAGAAAAAAGCAACGAUACAGUUUCACCAGCCUCAGAGAUUUAAGGAUGAGUUGUGGAGGAUCCAGGAGAAGCUGGAAUGCUACUUUGGCUCUUUGGUUGGCUCCAAUGUUUACAUUACUCCUCCAGGGUCCCAGGGUCUGCCUCCCCACUACGAUGAUGUUGAGGUGUUUAUCCUUCAGCUGGAAGGAGAGAAACACUGGCGUCUCUACAAACCUACUGUGCAUUUAGCUCGAGAGUAUAAUGUUGAAUCAGAGGAUCAUAUUGGGAAUCCAACACAUGAAUUCAUAUUAAAGCCAGGAGAUUUGUUAUACUUUCCAAGAGGAACUAUCCACCAAGCUGACACUCCUCUGGGGGGAUCAUAUUCUACUCACGUGACCAUCAGCACCUACCAAAACAAUUCUUGGGGAGAUUUCUUGUUAGAUGCGAUUCCUGGGCUUGUGUUUGAUACAGCGAAGGAAAAUGUGGAUCUACGGACAAGUAUACCAAGGCAACUACUGAUGCAGGUGGAUAUAGCUGACUCAACAAGGAGAUUAAGCAGCUUUCUGAGAAGUCUUGCAGACCGGCUGGAAAACACCAAAGAACUGAGAUCCUCUGACAUGAAGAAGGAUUUCAUCAUGAACCGAUUACCACCUUUCUUGGGAAACAGCUCUGAUCCCUUGGCUCCAGGUGGAAAAUUACCAAAAUUAGACAGCAAAAUCAGAUUGCGGUUUAAAGAUCAUGCCAUAAUUACUGUGGAACCUGAUCAAGACAAUUCUGAGGAGCUUCGCAAAGAGAUGGUUUAUGUCUAUCACUCUUUAAAGAACAGGAGAGAGAGGCACAUGAUGGGGAAUGAAGAUGAUGACACUAGUGAAGAAGGGAUAUCUGAGAGAGCCUGUGAUUGGUGCUUUUAUCACGAUGCCUGAAGGGAUCCUCCCUUUCUUGCUCAGGACAAUGUUGAUGACUUCAACAGUGUGACUGGCCUUCGCUUCAUCUGUGAUCAUGUAUAUUUUACUGAGCAGAGUGUCAAUGCCUCUGGGAUGUGUCCGAAUGUCUGAUUAACAUAAAUCUGAACCAACUAAAGCUUUGACCUGAAAGAGUUGAGAGUGCAGGAUUCUUCAAAAACAGCUAUGCUGUACAAAAUAUUUAGAGGCAAAAGAUAUUGUAGGCUAUUUGUCUAGCACUUGUUUUUUGCUUUGGUAAUUGGAACCAGGCUUUACAUAUGCCCUCAUAACUCUUGUACAACUUAAAUGUUGCUCUGCCACCUCAAAUAGUCUCACUUUGAUUGGCAUUUUUUAAUGUAAUAACACAGGCCUUGUUUAUACUAGAGAAAUUUGGUGUGCUUGACUGCUAUCGCCUGUAUUUGUAGCAAACCGUGUGUCUAUGCUCACAAUUUCUUCCCUGGCACACAGAUAUCCUGCACUGGCUUUAGGAUUAGACUUCAUGUAGGCAAGUCUAAUCAUCGUGUGGGUCUAAGGCAAGGCCUGGCAGAAAUCCCACAAUGCGCCUGACCUUGCUGCAGUGAGGACUUAGAGUAGAACAGGGUCACAGCAAAGCCCUCCAUAUUAAGUAGCACCAUGGUAUGGAGUCCCCAACCCAUGCCUUCCGAUGGCUGAAACAUCCCUUGAGAGCUCCACUGGAGGGGCAAAUGCUGGAUUGCCCAGAGAAAAGAGGAAAAAACACCAAGAAACAAAUGACAAGAAUGAAAGUGAAGCUCUCUCUCUCCCUAUGCACUCAGCCUAAGGGAGGAUGCGGUCAAUGGAAAAACCCUCAGGCCCAUGACAUCUCUGUGAGCACUGGUUGUGGCUACCACAUGCUACCUACAUGUGGUCUUUAAAAUAGGCAGUGGUGCAGCCCAAAAAUAUGAAUGAGGUAAAUGUAUGUGACACCCCCCAGAGCCACUAUGCUCCUUUCAGCAGGGAGCUAUGUACAGGGGACAAUAAUCCAGAUGCUUCAUGUUCCCGGAACAGGAUACCUACUGUGGAUGCUCUGCACUGUUGGUGUUCACGCUUGCAUCACAUCAGUGCAGGUCAUGAUGGAAUAACUCUCUAGUGCAACGUGUAAAAAUACAUAUGGUGUUGUGGGAGAGACUUUCUAAAAUAUCUGCAUGUUGUUUCAAUUAGGCCUUAAUUUUACCCUUGUCUGAUUUUUUUUUUUUUUUUUUUUUGGGGGGGUGUGUGUGAAUUUCCU